CCUCCAUGAGACAAGACUAUUCCCAGGUGAAAGAAGUGCUGGACAUUAGCCCUGCAUACCGCAUUACCACGAUCGUGGUGGGCAUCACAUGCGUACUUGUGUCGUUGGGCUACGCCGGUUAUCAGGUGUCCUACGUGGUCAUGAUGUCCAACGACAGCAUCAUGACCAGCUAUUACGGAAUAGGAGGUCCUGCCGCGACGCCGCACUUUGCAAAGGUUCUUCCGUUCGCCAUCGGAAUCAUCGAGGCUUGCUUAUGCAUGCUGUUUUUGGCUCCUAUCGGGGCAGCGGGGACGGUGUUCGCCAUUAAACGCAAGCCGGGGAAACGCUGGAUGUGGAUCACGGUGCUCAUCGCAACGGUCAUCAUGAACGCCAUCGUUCUGGCCACGCGUGGCAAGCUGGCAAACUUUGUGAUGAACCUCCCUUACAAGGAUAAACAGCCCCUCAUUAGAUCACACAUCAUUGCCAUUGGCGUCGGCGUGUGCACCAGCAUGGCUGGGUUUGGCACAUACUUUGUCUUCUUUUUCAUGAAGAAAGCGCGACCUCCAAUGAGCCCCAGCCCACUACUAGCAGAUGACGACAAGGUGUUCACCACAACUCCGUUCCCUUCGCCUCAAGAUAUCUACACCUUCAGCUCACUCCAGUCCAGCCCCGACAGUCAUUCUGUCCUUCCCGGUAAUGCUUUCCAGCUCAACGGAGCAAGUGGUGACGGCAGUCCCCAAGCGCCAUCCCGACGCAUUAGUGAAAUCACCUCUUAUGACAGCUCCCAAGUCGCCACAUCCGUCACCGACUCAGCAGAAUAUCCCACCGUCCCCCAGGGCUCUCGAAACACAGCUGCCGGUCUCCCACCACUCCUCCUCGCAACUAAAGGUCUGUGGCAAAGAUCCCGAUCAGACGACCCGGUCAGCGCUACCACGCCGCCUCCGUACAGUAGGCUGUGGGGUCCAUCCAAUACAUCGAAUAGUGCACCAAAGUGA